AAACAACAAAGGCAUUGUAAGACAAAUAAAGAUAAGAUUUGAGAGCAAAGUACAAAGUUAGACUCACACAGACUGAACAAGGACUUAUCUGCAAUAUGAGGAUUCUUGAAGUUCUUACUUUUAUUUCUGUACUCCAAACAUCAUGCUCAGCUGAAGACUCCACGGUACGAUUAAAAGACAAUGGCUAUGAAGAUAUUGUGAUUGCCAUUAACCCGAAAAUACCUGAAGAUGCUCGAAUAAUUGAGAAAAUUAAGGACAUGGUCAAUGGGGCAUCUACUUACAUGUUACAAGCUACAAAACAAAGACUUUUCAUUAGAAGUGUCAAAGUUUUAAUACCCAACAGCUGGUCAACAAACAGUUCUUAUGAAAGACCAAAAAGAGAGUCAUAUGAUAAGGCUGAUAUUAUCAUAGCUGAUCCUUUUAUUCAUGGAGAUUUUCCAUAUACUUUGCAAUAUGGUGGAUGUGGAGUAAAGGGAAAGUAUAUACAUCUGACACCCAAUUUCAUGCUCAAUGACAAAAUACUUGAUAUAUAUGGACCUCGAGGGAGAGUUUUUGUCCAUGAAUGGGCUCACCUGAGAUGGGGAGUUUUUGAUGAAUACAAUAAUGACAUUCCAUUCUACAUCGGUAAACAAGGCCAAGUGGAAGCAACCAGAUGCCCUCUGGCUAUGAGUGGAUUAAGUAGAAUUGAAGUUUGCUACAAUGAUAAAUGUGUUAAAGAAAAUUGUAACAUUGAUCCUAAAACUGGAGUCUAUGAGGAGGGCUGUGAAUUUUAUCCCAACAAGGACCAAGGCAUUCAUGAAUCCAUUAUGUAUAGUCAGACACUGGAUCCGGUGAACGCAUUCUGUGAUGAAAACAGCCACAACAAAGAAGCACCAAAUGAACAAAACAGAUUAUGUAACUACCAGAGCACAUGGGAAGUGAUUAUGAAAUCUCCUGACAUGACUUCUUCUGCUCCGCUAACUAACCCCAGUGUUGUACCGCCUUCAAUCUCACUACUUCAGUUUAAAGACAGAGUUGUUACCUUGGUGCUUGAUAUCUCAGGAAGUAUGAAUGAGCAUAAGCGUAUCUCUCGCAUGUACCAAGCCUCAGAAGUGUACAUAAUGCAAAUUGUUGAGUCUGGAUCAUAUGUUGGCAUUGUUACAUUCUCCAGCAGUGCAACUGUGCAAUCUGAGCUGGUAAAGAUAGUUGACACAUUCCAACGGGAAAAACUGAAGAAUUUUCUUCCAAAGACGGCUGUCGGGGGUACAAACAUUUGUGCUGGCGUACGUAAGGGAUUUGAGGUUAACAAGAAGAAUGAUGGCAGCACGCAUGGAACUGAGAUUGUACUGUUAACAGAUGGCGAGGACAAAGCAAUCCAUAGUUGUUUAAAUGAAGUGGGAGCAAGUGAAGCAAUCAUUCAUACUGUUGCUCUAGGAGUCAGUGCAGACAAAGGACUAGAACAAUUAUCCAGCAUAACAGGUGGUUUAAACUAUUUUGUGUCAGAUUACAUUGAUGCCAACGGUUUUAUAGACGCCUUCAGCAAGAUCACAACCAGUAGCGGUGAUUUCACAGAGAAUUCUCAACAGAUUGAAAGUACAGCUACAACAAUCAAUGCGUUCAAAUGUCUGACAGGCGAAGUGACUAUUGACAACACUGUGGGGAAUGAAACUUUCUUCUUAGUGACUUGGGAAAGUGGGAUUCCCACAAUCAGUCUAACAGAUCCUAAGGGAAAAGUUUAUGAUACUAAUCAAUUUGUAAGUGACCUUGCCUCCAAGUCUGCUCGUCUCACAAUCCCAGGCACAGCAGAGAAAGGACAGUGGGAAUACAAGAUCUGCAACAAUGAAGUCGCUGCCCAGGUUUUGGGUUUAACAGUGAAUUCUCGAGCAUCUGAUUCAAAAGUUCCACCAAUUGUUGUUGAGCCAUAUCUAAAUGCAGAUACAAGCCGCUUCCCCAACCCAGUGAUUGUGUAUGCAACAGUGACUCAAGGUUUUUCCCCAGUUUUAGGGCUAAAUGUUACUGCUAUAAUAGAACCGGAAAAUGGGAAGAUAAGAACCUUGCAACUUGAAGACAAUGGUGCAGGAGCUGACAUUAUCAAGAAUGAUGGAAUCUAUUCCAGAUACUUUAUAGACUUUACUGGAAAUGGUAGAUAUGGUUUGAAAGUGCGAGUUGAAAGUAAAAGCAAAAAUGCCAAACUGGCGCAGUCAAAGCAUCAGGCAUUGUACCUGCCUGGCUAUGUUGAGAAUGGCAUUAUAAUCAGUAACCCUCCAAAGCCAAAAGUUACAACUGAUAACCUAACUUUAGGGGAAUUCACACGAACAGCUUCAGGAGGUGCCUUCAUAGUAACUGAAGUACCAUCAGGCCCCCUUCCAGAUGUGUUUAAACCUGGAAAAAUUAUGAGUUUAAGUGCAACCUUUCAAGGCCAGCAAGUUUUAUUGUCUUGGACUGCUACUGGAGAUGAUCUUGAUCAGGGAAAUGCUUCCAGAUAUGACUUGCGAAUGAGUCACAACAGAGAAGAACUGUUAUACAACUUUGAAAAUGGCACAGUAGUCGAUACCUCAGAUCUCAUACCACUAGCAGCUGGCACCAUGGAACAAUUCAAUUUUACUCCACAGAACAUUACUAUAAAAAAUGGCACUGCCCUUUAUUUUGCCUUGGUUGCUAUAGACAAAGUCAAUCAAAGGUCCGAACCUUCUAACUUGGCAAAGGCCCUGUCCUACAUACCUCCAGCACCCAAUGCAGCUAAUGAUAUAUCCCAGACGGGUGCCAUGUUGUCACUGAUUCUACUAGCACUACUCUUUGCUACAUAUGUGUUAUAAAAUGUAACUGUUUGUAUUGUUUUAUGAAGAAAGCACUGCCAACAUGAAUGUAUUAUGUAUUUGCAGGGAACAAAUGAUGCUGAUAAGGUUUUUUUUA